AUGGCAUGGGGGGCAACCCCGUUGAGUCCAUGGGAUUAUGAUAAAAGUUUUGUUGCUGAGACUAGUGGCCUGUUGCCCGAGUUGGAACCAUUACUACCUUCAAGUGAAGUGCUGGUGGAUGUUGGAGAGAAUAAAGUUGACAGUUUAAAAGUUAUAAAGACAAGACUACGCCUUUAUUAUUUCCCGCCGAGAAUGAGGGGCCGCCGGAGGGAGGAAGUGAACCUCAUCACAAUGAUCCUGCAGAUGAAACCACACUUUUCAAUUCCUUCCUUGAAGCAAAAUUGGGAAGAAUACAGACUUCAGUGUUUGAAAUAUCUCCAUGAAACACCACCCCUUCUGUCAGAAGGCAAGUUCUGCAAUAGGACAUUUGAUAACUAUGUAUGUUGGCCUGAUGGUGUACCUGGCACUUAUGUGAAUAUGAGCUGCCCUUGGUAUCUUCCAUCAGUUAAUUCUGGGCAGGUUUACCGCUUCUGUACACUUGAGGGCACGUGGUUGCUGGAGGAGAAUUCCACCAUUCCCUGGAGGAAUAUUUCUGCAUGUAUGGUUCCUGAUGAGGACUCACCAGGAAGACAAAUGCUGUUCCUUUCUGUCAUCUACACCACUGGAUAUGCUUUAUCUUUAUGUGCUCUUGUCAUAGCCACUGGCAUCCUCCUUGGUUUCAGGCAUCUGCAUUGCACCAGGAAUUACAUUCACUUGAACCUUUUCACCUCCUUUAUCCUACGUGCUGCCUCCAUCUUUAUAAAGGACUCCAUGCUAACUUGGAUGUACAAAACAGCACCUCGUGAAGAACAGUGGGAGAGUUUAAUUUCAUAUCAGGAAUCCCUUAGCUGUCGCUUGAUCUUUGUGAUGAUGCAGUAUUGUGUGACUGCAAACUACUAUUGGCUGCUGGUAGAAGGAAUGUACCUGUAUACAUUGCUGGCAUUAUCCGUGUUUUCUGAGCAGAGAAUCUUUCGGCUUUACCUUUGCAUUGGCUGGGGUAUGCCAAUGCUGUUUGUUUUCCUCUGGGCUCUUGUCAAGUACCUUUAUGAAGAUGAGGGCUGCUGGAAUAAGAACCUAAACAUGAAUUACUGGAUGAUCAUCAGGCUGCCCAUUCUGAUAGUUAUCGGGAUAAACUUCUUGAUCUUUAUCAGAGUCAUAUGUAUUAUAAUCUCUAAAUUGCAAGCCAAUCUCCUGCGCAAAUCAGACAUUAAAUGCAGGUUGGCAAAAUCAACACUGACUCUGAUCCCACUGCUGGGAACACAUGAGAUCAUCUUUGCUUUUGUUACUGAUGAGCACGCCAAAGGGAUGCUGCGUUUUGUGAAGCUCCUUUUUGAACUCUCUUUCUCUUCAUUUCAGGGACUUCUGGUUUCAAUUCUCUACUGUUUCAACAACAGUGAGGUUCGGACGGAAUUUCAGAAAAGCUGGGAACGCUGGAGACUAGAACACUUCUAUGUCCAGAGAGACAGCAGUAUGAAGUCGUUGAAGUAUCCAGCCAACAGCAUAAGCAGUGGAGGUACGGUUGGGAGCACCGUCUAUGCGGCCACUUGUCAAGCUACAUUCAGCUAAAGUUUCUGCAGAGCUCAAUGCAAAAGAGCCAGACCAUCUGUCCUGAACUAGACAGUACAACUGAAUGCCCACCUAGAAUGAUUGUAAGAGGCCUUUGGAUAACCUAGGCUUCUGCUGUUUAUUGCUGCAGGCAGCUGGACAGUCUUUUAAAGUAAAGCAGACUGCUAAUAUAAUCAGUGCAUUUUGAAGUAGAAAAUCUCCAAAGCAAGGUUAAAGACUCUUUUCACAAUUAAUAUCAAGGGCCUCCAGGUAUCCAGAGACUAAACACUGUAUGGAUGCAUUCAAACAGUAUGAGGUUAAUAACUUUUUAGUGUGGGUGGAAAAGGUGAUUAAAUUACAGCUGAUUAACAGAUUUUUAUUUUUUUUUAAAGCUCUUCCAUUGGGAGAGGUAAAGUCAACUUCUCUCAUGGUUAGCAAGGAGCAUUUAUAAUCUGUAAAUGCAUUUUAGGGCCUUUCCAUGUGGUAGCUUUAUUGAACAAAUAGUUAACUCAGUUAUUCCAGAGCUCCAAGACGUUCUUCAGUUAGCUUGUGGGUUUUAAGAAAAUGCAAGUUCUUUCCACUCAAGCUAUAGCACACACACUGAGAAAGCAUAUUUUUAAUAGAGAUUGCAUGCUCCUUGCAGUUCAAAUAUCAGAUGGGCUAUCAUAAGCAAAUAAUGACCAGUGUAUGUGUAAUCAUGAGUGAUUCUUCUCCUCUCCCUAUUUUGGUAUAUUGUUUUAAAAUAGCUUUAAAACUUGCAUUUCUUUUGUUGAGAGAUGUGCCCCCAUGAAAUGGGAGAACAUGCAUGACAUAUGAGGGAGUUUUAAGAGUUAUAAAGACAAUCUAGUAAAUGACAGAUCCAUAUCCUUAUCCAGUAACAUGCCCCCCCCAUCUUUAAAAAUGGAAAUGAAAUAAAAAUGGUGCAUAUUGUAUAUUUCUUCUCUGCAGUUUUGGAGUGGCUCUAUUCAUCAUUAAAUACAUAUGGUAAAUCUGUUGGAUAAACCAUCUCUAUGCAGCAUAGCAGUAUUUUCCAGUCCCAUUAUCUGUUGUGUAGAGAUAUUACGGUAUUAUUUCUGGAUCCUACCUAAUACUACUAAAAAGUUAAGAAUACAUCCUUUUAAAAAAAAUUAUCUGGAAGGGCCUGAAACUGUUCUUCUGUUAAUUAAAUUACAGCAGCUGUGCCCACAGGCUGGAAUGUACAAAUGCUGGAAACAUUUGUUGCCUUUUGGUGCAUGCUUUCAAACUUGUUAAGAGAAAUUUAUUGUAUGAAGAAAAUUAAUCUACGUAGAGCUGACUCUUAUUCAGAUGACAAAUGUAUGUUAUGCUAUUGUUAAGAAUUUUAUUGUAAAGACACACUUUAAAAGAGUCUCUGCUUCUUCAGAAGUGUUUGUUACAUAGCACUUUACUGCUUCAAAAACUAUGUAUAUGCUACUGUGAACCAAACCAUUUAGCAACUUGGUGUUAUAAGUAUUUGACAGUGGUUAAUGUGUUAUCCGAUUCCCAGUGUGGUGUAGUAAAUAAAGGACUAAGACUC